UUGUAAUGUCUCCUCAAAAACAAACAAUACAGAAUCUAUUUUUCCAUUACAUCUUAUCUAUCUGCAACCCUGGAAUCCUUCCAUUUAAUAAACAAAAUAUCUCAAAAGAUGCCACUUAAAAAGUUAAAAUAACAUCAUUCAACAUUAACAUAUCAAAUUUAACUUUAAAUUCACUUCUAUAUCUCACUCAGAUCAGAACUUCAGAGACCAUGGAUGAAGAGGCACGCAUGGAUCUACCUCAUGAGUUGAUGAUUCAAAUCCUUCUAAGGUUACCGGUGAAGUCUCUUAUUCGUUUCAAAUGCGUUUCUAAGUCUUGGUUUUCUCUUAUCUCUGACACCAAUUUUGCAAAUUCACAUUUUCAAAUUACACACACUCCUAGAGUUUUAUUCAUAUCAACAUCAACUUGUGAAACUCGAUCUAUAGAUUUUGAAUCAUCGCUUAACGACGAUGUUUCUGUUUCUGCUUCGCUCAAUCUUGAUUUUCUGCUUCCUGAAUCUUAUCUAAAUCUUGAAAUUAAAGGCUCAUGCAGAGGCUUUAUAUUUUUGCACUGUUAUCCAAACAAAUACCUCUGGAAUCCAUCUACUGGAUUUCACAAACAAAUACCUUUCUCUCCUUUUGGUUCCAGUUUAUAUGCAGAGUAUUUCUAUGGUUUUGGGUAUGACCCUUCAACGGAUGAUUAUUUGUUGGUUUCAAUGCUCAUUGAUCCGGUUACUAAUAUUUCAUCGCAAUUGGAGUUUUUCUCGUUGAGAGGUAAUACGUGGAAAGAAAUUGAGAUCGAGGGUAGUCAUUUCCGUUAUAGCAAUCCCAUUGAGGAUGAGCAGCCUAAGCCGGGGUUGCUAUUUAAUGAGGCUAUUCAUUGGUUGGCUUAUCGUCAUGAUUCACGUUUAUUAAGGGAUGUUAUUGUUGUCUUUGAUUUAAUGGAAAGGAAACUUUUUGAUAUGGAUUUGCCAUAUGAGUUUGACCAUCAACUUGACUAUUGUGGUUUGUGGGUAUUUGGAGAAUUUCUUAGUUUAUGGGCUAAGGAUUGUUAUAUUGAUACAAUUGAAAUAUGGGUGAUGAAAGAAUACAAAAUGCCUUCUUCUUGGACUAAGACUCAUGUUCUGUCUUUUGAUAGUAUGCCCACGGAUUACUUUUCUCCAUUGUGUUGUACAAAAAGUGGUGAUAUUAUUGAAACGGAUGGUGAUACUGGAUUAGUGAAGUCUGAUGACAAAGGACAACUGCUUGAACAUCUCUCCUUCCAUAACGAUUCACAUGGAUCCCAUGUGGCUAUAUAUACCGAGUCUCUGAUUUCACUUCCUUGUGACGGUGAACAAGCUUAAGUCAAAGGACAGCCGAUGAUAUUAUUGGAACAGAUGCUGGUAGUGGAUUGGUGAAGUUCAAUGACAAAGGACAGCUGCUAGAGCAUCACUCCUACCGUAAUGCUUCACGUGCAUCUCAAGUGGCUAUGUAUACAAAGUCGCUGAUUUCACUCCCGGGUGACCGUGAACAAGCUUAAGAAGAAUGAGAAAGUUGUAAUAUGAGUGUGAUGCAUGAAUCCAAGCCUGGUUUGUAAAAAUGUGUGGUCACUCUAGGUUCAUUUUGUCCCUGAUGAGCAAGGUAAGCUCAUUUCUGCUUCAGUAGAUGGGUUGAUCUGCAUAUUUGAUACCAGUGGAGAUAUCAAUGGUGAUGAUCAUCUAGAGUCAGUAUGCUUGCUUGGGACUCAAAUUCGAUUUCCUUCAGUUGACUAACUUGUUAAAGGGCAGCUCGUAUCUGGAGAUGCCGUUCUGUUCCUCGAGUAAGAUAACCAACAAGGACUGGACCGACAUGUUACAAUUCAUGACAAUUGACAGGGGUAAGGAUGGAGAAUUGAGAUUGGGCUCAAUUGAAAAUCUGCACUAAGUUUGCAUCCCUCCCUCCCUGGCCAGUAAUUCAGUCUUACUCACUGAUGUAGUUAAUGCAUUGUCUAACAUUCAAUUUAAUCCUGAGAAAUCGACAAUUUACCUUUCGAUGCCACAAACACGGCCAACUUGCUUACUCUUUGUGGAGUAUCCCUCCCCUGUCAAGCCGAUGCUCCUAAACCAUAUGCUUUAGAGAGUUUGUUUCCUAAAAGUCGAAGUUCAUCAGAGCACCCUCCACAACGGAGUUCAAAGUCACUUUCAAGUUAUGCUCCAAAUUCUCCAUUGUUAGUGCCAACAUCAGCACCAAUACAAGAGCCAAAUGACAUUGAUGUAUCAACGCCAAGACCAAAUCAAGCACCAACACAGGCACCAAAUGACAGCUCAAACAAAAUAGUCAAACAAAUUAUGGAGAUAUUACUUUUCCUAUUAUUAAUUGCGUUUACUUUUGCGAUAUUUGGUACCCUUUUUAAUCUUCAUGGGUGUGACGACGGGCGACAUAUGAUUCCAUUUUAAAUCUUAACAAAGUGUUCUAGAUUUAUUUUGAAUUCAUGGUUGGUUAUAUGAUUCAAUUGCAUUUUUUGUUAUACCACUUAUCUGUAUUUAAUUUCGGGAGAGCACUAACCCAUUGUUGAAUCCUUGUUUUUUCGGUUAUUUUAUUAAAGGAAAACUCCUUAUGCUUAUUUCUCUUUAUUAAUUUGGAAAAAUGAUUUAGUUUGUCUUGCUUUUUGGGUUGCAGUUAGUUGUGUUCUAGAAAUGUCUAUGUAAGUAAGAAAAUAAUGAAGAGUUAUUUAGUUUGUCUUGCUUUUUGGGUUGCAGUUAUUUCUCUUUUAUGUAUUGAUGCUAAUAAGGUUAUUUCAUGUUCAUGAUGCAGUGCAUGUUAGUACCACUGCUCCAUCCCCUGGUAUGUUAGCAAUGGAGAAUUUGGUUUCCAGUUUGGCUCCUAAAAGUGAAAGUUCAUCAGAACCCUCUCCACAACGGAGUUCAAAGUCACUUUCAAGUUAUGCUCCAAAUUCUCCAUUGCUAAUGCCAGCACCAGCACCGAUACAAGAGCCAAACGACAUAGAUGUGUCAACACCAACACCAAAUCAAGCGCCACAUCGCAGUCCCAACAUAUUUAUGGAGAUAUUACUUUGGCUAGUCAUAAUUGUGUUUGUUUUUGCUAUAAUUCAUGCCACUAUAACACACGUUAGAGAAACAUCACAACCGAUAGAGACGAACACGUCGACAACAAACAUCAACAUCAUUUCUAUAAAUGUACAUCAUUAAAUAUGUUGUCAUUCCGAUCUCUUUCAAUUUGUUGGAUUUUGAUAUGAUUUGAGUUUUUGGGAUGUUGUUUUAUUUGGUUAGAACAUGAAUGGUCUUCUUUUGAUGUUAACGUGACAUAUUUGUUUUCAA